AUGAGCACUCCGCGCCUGGUACUCGCGACGAGCGGGUCCGUGGACAACGCGGGCGUGGGCGUGAGUCCCAUCAGCCCCGGCGGCCCGUUCAGCCCCGUGAGCCCCAUCUCGCCGCUCAGCCCGGGCAUGGUGAGUCGCCAGCGCCUCAGCAGCCUGCAGGAGCGGCGGGGCGUGCCCGUGUCGAACCCUCUGCCUCGCCUGCUCAAGAAGCCCGCCUGGCAGCUGCUGCGUGGUGUCGAUAAGCAGUAUCGCAGCCCCACGGACAUGAUGAUGUCGCCCGUCUCACAGCAGCUCUCAGGGGUCACGCAUCCAAUGAGGCAGGUGGGGAGGAUGUGCCCACAGAUGGACAGCAACGGGCCGACUGCUCCUAUGGGAAUGAGCACCACAGCCACCACAUCACGGGGAUGA